AUGUUGCUACUUUACGUGAUACUUUUGGGGGCGAAAUCUCUAGAAUGUGAUCCUGGAAGUUACAUUGACUCCACCGAGACGACUUGCAUUUCUUGUUUAGUUGGUAUGUAUCAGCCCGAAUACAAUCAGACUUCCUGUAAGAAGUGUCCAAUUGGGACUUUUCAAAACGAGACUGGGCAGUCUUCUUGUACGCCAUGUAUAGCGGGGUAUUUCCAAAACAAAGAAUCUUCUACAACAUGUAAGCCUUGUGGUGUCGGCUCCAUCUCAACACAGCCGAAUUCGUAUUACUGUUAUUCAUGUGAGCCAGGGACUUACCAAGACUUAACGGGACAAACUGAAUGCAAGUCUUGUGAUAUUGGACACUAUUCGAGUACUUAUAAAUCGACAAAAUGCACGCCAUGUGCUACUGGUCAUUACACUGAUGUGAAUGGAUCGACGAGUUGUAUUGAAUGUAGUAAUGGGACGUAUCAAGACAGUACUGGGCAAUCAACUUGCAAACCAUGUGAAGUUGGGUAUGUCUCAGAAAAUGGUUCUGCGAGGUGCAAAGGGUGUCCUGUCGGGUCUUUUUAUUCCUCGGCGAACACAUGCAGUUUAUGUGAUGCUGGAUUAUAUCAGAACUUAACAGCACAGACCGAGUGCCUUCAAUGUAUCCCGGGGUCUUAUUCAACUCCAGGAAGUUCCAAAUGUGUUGAGUGUGAUGGGGGGUAUUACCAGCCCAAUGCAGAGAGUGUUGAGUGUCUUGAAUGUUCUUCUGGAUAUUAUUCUGAGAAUGGAGCAGUGGAAUGUCUUCAAUGUCCAGAUGGAACUAUUUCACAGAGUGGAAGUGCGACAUGUGAACGAUGUCCAAGUGGUACAGUCAGUGCAGGGAACAACACAUGUGUAAUAUGUCCAGCGGGGACAUAUGCAGAUCAAAGCAAAGAAGAUGUACAAAGGGUAUGUCUAUCUUGUGACAAAGGUAUGUCAUCGAGUGUACAGUCGGAUCAUUGUGAUUAUUGUAGUAUAGGUACUUUCAGUGAGAGUGGAGUACAAUGUGUUGAGUGUCAAAGAGGGAGUUAUUGUGACCGUGUGGGGUGUAUUCUAUGUACUCCAUGUGAGGAUGGAAGCGUCCAAAAUACUACGGGAAAGGCAAAGUGUGAGAGUUGUAUGGGUCUGAAUUCAAAUGAAGAACACACACUUUGUGUUGCUCAAACAGUCUGUGGGUCCUUCCUUGAAUUGAAUCAACAAAACAAGUGCGUUAUGAAAAAUUCGGCUAUUAUCGUUUUGUCAAUCAUUUCUGGUCUUGCAGUGCUUUUUAUUAUCGUCGCUGUUAUCGUUUGUAUCGUCGUCACUGUCUUGUGGAGGAGAAAGAAAUCGUCUGAAUAUCAAAAUCUCGAAUAA